UUACUUUGCAUGAUGUUCGCAGCAUUGCAAUUUAUUAAAUAAAUUGAGUUUUUUUCUUGGAUUGCAAUUAGGAAAUUUGAUAAAAUUGGAUUUUAUUUGAUAGAUCUUCUUGAGACAUUUGACAGCAUAUUGUGAUUUACUAAGUUGUUUCUGAAACAGCCUUUUUCUGUGUGUUAUACGUUCCGAAUAAAAGUUCUGCUGCGAAUAAAAUUAUUAUCAAAUACAAAUAUGUUCACGGCUAACGCUAAAAUAAUAAAAAGCGGCGGAGCUGAACCUGAUGCGUUCGAAGCUAGUAUCUCCCAAGCUCUUUUGGAGCUGGAAAUGAAUAGUGAUUUAAAGUCACAGCUGAGAGAACUCUACAUCACUAAAGCACGCGAAAUAGAAACUAAUAACAAGAAGUGUAUUAUUAUAUACGUACCUAUGCCAAAAUUGAAGGCUUUCCAAAAAAUUCAAAUCAGACUUGUACGUGAACUGGAAAAGAAAUUUUCUGGCAAACAUGUCAUGUUUGUUGGUGAACGUAAAAUUUUACCCAAACCAACAAGGAAAACACGUACUAAGAACAAGCAAAAGAGGCCAAGAAGCCGUACCUUGACUGCAGUAUAUGAUGCAUUAUUAGAGGACUUGGUCUAUCCUGUAGAGAUCGUUGGCAAACGUAUCAGAAUUAAACUAGAUGGUACACAGCUGAUCAAAGUUCAUUUGGACAAAAAUGAGCAAACAAAUAUUGAGCAUAAGGUUGAUACUUUUGCUGCAGUAUAUAAAAAACUAACAGGUCGGGAUGUAACAUUUGAAUUCCCAGAAACCUAUGUAUAAUUUGUUAAAAAAAUAAAAAUAUUUGAAAGA